AACAGGAAGUAAAGCAACAUGGCGGCAAAUUCAAGGAUUUUUCUAUUUAUUCACAUUGGUUACACGAUCAUGGAUUUUCGUUAAGCAUCACAUGGAAAUAGAAUGAUUUGAUAGUAUGGAUACUAAAACUAUUUCAAAGAUGACAGACUCUUCAGAGAAAUACAAGAUACUUUUUCUGGUUGACGGAAGGCAAGGCAGACGUGGGGUGAAAAAUGAAGCAAAGGUUUUAGCGAAUAGAGUCACUCUGUCUGCAUUUCGAAUCUUGACAGCUUUGAACGAUGAAGUUUCAUGUAAUAAGAGUGCUUUUAAGAGAAGCAGUAAAACUCCACAUUUGCAGUGGAGUUUCAAAAUUUACAAUUCAUCGCAAUACAAAUUAAUGAGGCAAGUUAAUGAUUUUAAAGAUUUUAAAAACCGAUAUUUUGAAGAAUUUGAAAUUGAAGUUGAAAAAAAUAUCAAGACAGCACUACCGGAUUAUCACAUGGAUUCUGACUCCAAAGGGAAUGUGUCUGGAAAACAAUACCCUGCCAAAGUACUUAAUAAGGUUUUAAAUGAAAUUGUUCUGGAAUACCGUUGGGAAGACCCUGGCAUCUUUUCACCUGUUAAAAGCAGGAGAAAGAGUGUCAAAAAUGAUCAUAACUGCAAAACAAAAAAUAUUGUAUUUUUAUUUGCAAAUAGCCCAAAGAAUCCAUGUGAAUUAAGACAGUUUUCAGGGAAAGUUGUUCUUGAUCAUGAGAUCUUUUUGGAUUCUUUCAUGCCUCCAGACUUGAUCAGAACUUUUUUACGCAAUGUCAGACUUUCACUGUACUGGAUUGACACUGAUAUUUCUUGUGUUGAAGUGAUUCCGGAUAGUGUGAAGUUUGUGGAAUCUGCUAUUGACAAACUUCAUGGAAGCCUGAUACCAGUUGAAACUUUGGUUCAGACAAACAGAAAUUGUGCUGUUAACAUCUCAUCUCUCCCAUCUUUUGCUAAAAAUGCCUCUGCAUCUUGCACUAGUAAAGAUUCAACAAGUCUCAUGGGACUGGUUUCCUAUACAUCUGUGAUAGCAUAUCAUUUGCAACAGACAAAGUCGGGAACAUUGACCAAUGAUUCUCUCCAGAUCCAAUGCAAUCUUUUGUCAAACAAAAACACUCCAUUGUGCAGCUUCAACAUUUUCCCAGUGGACAUCCAUACCCAUGUCUCACAACCUAAAAAGAAAUGCCGAAGCAGUAACUCAAAAGAUAUAUUGCUGCAACAGUUUCAUGCACAUCGAAAGUUUUUACAGUUACCACUUAGCGGUAAAAACAUAACAUUAAGGAUAUGUGGAGUGCUGCCUUUAAGAGAAUCGGAGUUUGUGCAGCACAAAGGUAAAGAAGACUACCUGUGUUCUCAGCUACAAACAAAUGCAGAGCAGGAUUGCCCCAUGCCAUUUCUGAGCUUGAUCAGGAAACUUGUAGCAUCAUCACAAGCACUGAUUAUAGUGACAGAGAGGACCCCUGGCCUAUUUGUUCUACGACCUUUGAGCCCAGAUUCAGCGACACUUAGUGCACUUUAUCUCAGUGAAUCCCUGGAUGUGGAAAAAAGAUUAACAUUUUUCAGAUCAUCACCUGAAACGAAUGUGGAGGGUGUGCAAGAUGCACCAUGGGACCAAUUGAUAUCAAGGGCCAUCCAACACAGCAGUGAAUGUGCUGAAACAUCCGCUCUUAACAAAAAUAGAGAGUGUUUUGAUCCAAAUGUCUUGGGAAGGACUCAUUUACCGGGCUGUAGAUCAGGUCUUGUGUCACUCAUUGAAAAGCUCAAUAACAGGAUAUCGCAGCUCGAAUUUCUGAAUGAAGAUGAAGUUCAAAGUUUGAGGGAGCUUCAGCGGAUUUAUAGACAGGAAAACAAGCCCAUCAGACCUAGAGACACUGUCUUGUCCCAUUUACAAGAGUGUGAACAGUUGAAUAGCUCCAAACCUGAGUUGUCGUAUUCAGACACACUGCCCUCUCGUGGUGUAUUGAUGGUAAACAAGAGCAGACAAUCCUCAGUCCUUAGAGAUGUCAACUCUACCACAGCCAAUACUCAAGGCCCAGCUAAACAAGACAACAAACCAGAAAUGACUAACGUCCAAGCAGAAUUUGCAUCGGAAGAGGAUAUUGUGCGAUACCUUAUUCAGUCAUACAGUGAGAUGUUGGGUGGAUGUGAGAAUAUCCAUCUUUCUGCACAGAAUCUGGUGAUGAUAACCCUACACUAUCUGAGGGAUCAACAAAUGGAGAAACCUCAGGAGAGAUGUGUUGAGCUUCUAGAGAGAGGUGUUCUUUGUCCUAUUGGAUCUCUUAGGGAGAGACAUCAGAGAGAGGACAACAAAACUCAGAAACAGACAGAACUGCAGUUACAAACGGUGCUGAGAUUUGAGAUUCUCUCUGUCCUGCAGCAGGGUGACCAGUCUAUGACAGAAAAUGAUGACACGCUGAAUGAUGUUGUCACUCUGUUAAGGACACUCAGUUUCAUCACAGAUCCCAAGUCCCUGUCCGACUUCAUGGAUCACAGCCUCGUUGACAACUAUAUUCACACUUUACCACAGACACUUGGUAACGUGUAUGAUGAACUGAUGCAGCCACUUCCAGUUGCUUUAGAAGCCAUUCUGUCUCCUGACAACAGUGUUGACCAGUCAGUGUUUAACAAAUCUCUCCAGGAGAGGGAGAUCGACAACAGUGUGGCGUCAACUUCUGAGGUAGUGCCUAAAUCUAAUGAUGCAGCAACUAGUAAACCCAGGGCUAAAAGAAUGAUGCACCACCCAAGUUUGUCCGAUAUUGGGUCCAAACGACAAAUUUUUGUUAACACAACAAAAAUCAAGGAAAAAUCAUCUUCCAGAAAAAGAAGAAAAUCGAAGCGAGAUUUGGUGAAGCAGUCGAAGAGUAAGACUAAGCUGGAGAGAAGACAAUCAGUAGCUGUGAUGGAAACCACCAAGUCUUCCCAACUGAAACCCUCUAAAACUGGAUACCCUUUGUCACCACCAUUCAAGUCUUCAGUCAAAAAAACACUUGUGGCCGAAACCCCAUCACACAAACAAAAGAACUCUGCCUUGUGGAAACGACAAGAAGCGGAGAGGAGACAAUCACGGAGUAAAACCGCAGUGAAGGUGGUGGAGGAAUCCCCUAUGAAAUCGGAGAGACCAUUGCUACUCAGUCCAUCUCAGAACAAGCGUGCUCUGCAUAAAGUCAGGCGUUCGUUUUAUUCAGCAUCAGCAGGACCCCUGAUCAGAUCUAGAUCAAUGACCCAGACAAAUACUGAUUUGGUGGAAAAUAUUGCAGACAGGACCAGCCACAAUUCAGGAAAACUCAAUAGCAUUCUCAGAAAACCUCCAAGUCAGUCUAGUAUUUUCAAGUCACCAGACAGAAAUUCUUCAUUUUUGCUCUCACAGUUGAUGGGGAGUCCAACUCCUCAGAAACCAGGGUCGAAGACACCAGGAAAAGAAACUCCAAGGAAAGCAAUUGCUGGAUCCCCCAGUAAAAACACAAGGUCCAAGUCUCCAUUUGUAUCUAAAGGUUUUCCUAAGGCUUUGUUUCAGGAGAGUCCUAAUAGCAGAAACAAUCGAUCAAAAAUUGUCCGACAUUCACCAAAACUACCAUUUUCAGGGGGAAAAGAUGAUGAAAGAAGUGUUAAGUUUACCAAAACACCCAGAAAAUCUCCCUGUGAGCUGGUUAUACAGUCUCCUAGUCAAAAUACAAGAUCAAAAUCAUUGGUGACUCCAACUAGAAAAUCAGUACGGGCUAUUUUGUUUGGAAAGAGUCCUGAGGCAAAGGCAGGGGAGGAGAAACAAGACAGAAAAACUCCAUCAAAAUCAUAUCUUAGAGCUCGAAGGUUGAUACUGAGUAAAACACCAGUGAAAGGACAGAAAGCUACAAAUCUUGACCAGUCUGCAGGUACUGAAGAAAAUCUGACUGUGAAAAUCACAGAUGAAGAGGGUAACACUGGUAAUACCUCAAAAACAUUUGUAAAUGAUGGAAACAAAGACAUGGAUUCGGAGAAAUCACCAGCUAACUGUGGAACCCCUUCUCCUAAAAUUCAAAGGAAAAUUCGAACACCUAACUCUCUAAAUCACUGGCAAAGAAGGAAAAGGGGCCGAGAUGAAAGCAUGCAGUCUCCAAAAUGUUUGGCCAAAAAAGAUGCACAGCACAGAUACGAAAGUGCAAGUAGCAAUGAGACGGAAGUUGACAAUGAUAUUAUUUUUGCUUCACUUUCUCAGGAAGAUGGACACAUAAGCUGCAGAAAGAGAGGACUUGAUAUAAAGGAAGACAAGUCAAUCAUAUUCUCACCCAGCAAAAGGAAAAGAACUAUGAAACACUCUGAUCAGGGUAGUUUUAGAACUUCCUAUACCCUUCAUAAUAGAAUAACUUAUGAAAAAAAAAAUUCUUUACUGAAUUCCUUUGUGAGUGGAAACAGUGAAGGCUUUGACACAACAGACUUGACAGAUUCACAGUCUAGUUUUAGGUUGUCUCAGGGUAGCACAUCAUCCAUGGAUUUCUCCAGUACCAAAGACGAAGUUUUCUGGUUACAAAAUCCAGGUCAUGAAAAGGCUGCUACGAGUGUUUCUGAACAUGAUACAAAUACUGGGAAUACCGGUACAUCUCCAGUAUUCAGAUCAGGAAAAAAGACCAGGAAAAUGGAACUUUCAGACAUUGAAGGAACUUCAGGACAGAAAGUGUCUCCUUCUGAAAAGAAAUACUCUCCUAAUGUUUCGGCCAGAAGUCUCAUGCAUUUGAUGAAUUCUCCUCUACUUGGCUCUGAUAUAGUGGAGAAAAGUCCAAAUGUGAAUGACAAAAUUGCAAUUGUUGGACAACAAAGACCACGAUCAAGACGAUCCUUAAACCUUCAAAUGUGAUGAAGGAUAAGAUGAAUGUGGCACCAUAUCUUGGAUAUACACCACAUCAAACAUAAUUAAUUUCCAAUAUCAUAUUUAUAUACAGAUUAUAGAAGACA